CCACCACCACCACCACCACCAACAACAAUAACAACUUAUUCUUAAGAGAUACUACCAAUAACUUUAAUACACAAAUUGCCAGUGUAAAUGGAAUUAUUUCUCAAAUAUUACCAUUAACAAAUGAUUCAAUUAUAAUUAAUGGAAAUUUUACUACGUUUAAUAAUCAAACAGUCAUAAGUCCAAUAAUAUUUAAUAUAACAUCAAAUGAAAUAGAAUCUAUAGUUGCAUCUUCUUCAUCUUCUCGUAAAAGAGAUAGUGUUCCAACUUUUACAAAUGGUACAGUAAAUACUAUGUAUGUUGAUAAUGAUAUAAUUUAUUUGGGAGGAGAUUUUGAAUUUAAUGGAACUUAUGGUGCCGCCAUUUAUAACCAAACUUCAAAACAAUUAUCUUCAACUCCAUUUCUUGGAUUUGGACCUAAUUCAGUAGUUAAUGCAAUUGCUAAAGUAUUUGAAGAUGAUAAAGAUGAAGUUAAUCAAGGUUCAAUAAUAUUUGGAGGGAAAUUUAAUACUUUAGGACUUCUGAAUCUUCUUUUACAUAAUACAACUAGUAAUUCAUCUAAAAUUUCAUUAAAUGAAACUUCUAAUGGUUCAAUAAUAACUGCAGAACAAUUAAUUUCUUUAAGACAUGGAAUAUUUACUAAUGUAAAUGGAGUUCCUAAUCAAGAUGAAUCUUCAAUAAUUUGUCCAUCUAAUGGUAAUACAUUUUCUAUUGAUCCAAAUCAAGGGGGUGAAUGGUUAGUUGAAUUACCCGAUGAAAUGAAAGGUAUAACUCCUACCAAGGCAAGAUUAUAUAUUCCUCCUGGUGAUAAUGGUAUAAAACUUUUUAGAAUUUAUUCUUAUCCUAAUAAUGGGAUUAUGAAUCUUUCAUAUAUUGAUCCUUCAACUAAUGAAAUUACAUUUUGUGAUGCUUGGUGUCCUUUACUUACUGCAACAGAUUUAGAAAAUUUUGCUAAUUAUAAUAAGCAAAAUCUUAAUACAACCAAUAAAACAAAUUCAAUUUUUAUUGAUGAUAAUGGUUCAUUAAGUAUGUAUUAUGAUCCAUCAACUAAAACUAAAACUCUUGGUUAUGGAGCAGGAUUUCAAGAAUUUGCCUUUGUAAAUGAUGUAGGAAUUGAUCAAAUUGGGGUAACUAUAAUUGAUUGGUAUGGAAGUAAUGGAGUUCUUGGAGGGUUUGAAUUAUAUCAAAAUGCCAUAUAUGUUUAUGGUAAUGAUACAUUAAAUCAACCAAAUUGUGAUAAAGAUGAAAGUACAAGAAGUUUAUCAAUAAUUAAUUCAGGAAAUUUCGAAUCAAUUCAAUCAUUAGAUUCAUCAGUUACAAUUACUGAUUAUUUAGUUUCACAAGGUAUUGAUUCCAAAAUAACUCUUUAUCCAAAUAUAUCAUAUUCAGGAAAUUAUUCAAUUAUAAUGACAACUCCUGGUUGUACUUAUGAUAAUUCAUGUUCACAAAGAUCAAUUGUAAAUGUUUCAGUUAUUGAUUUUAAUGAUAAUAUUUUAACUACUAAUUUAAUAUUUCAAAAUAAUAAUAAUAAUAAAUUUGAUUAUUUAUUUUAUGGACAUUUAAAUGGUACAUCUGAUUCAAAUGGAGGACAAAAUAGAAUUGAAAUAUCAUUUUAUAAUACUAUUAUUCCUAAUACUAAUAAUCCUUGGAUUGUAGUAGAUAAAAUAAUUGCUGAUAUUGUUACCUUGGAUAAAUAUUAUGAUAUGAAUUUAAAUAAUUCAUCUCAUAAAAAUUCUUCAUUAUCUUAUGAUUUAACUCAAAUUAAUUUAAAUGGAUUAUUUGAAUAUUCUUUAGCAAAUUUUACAAAUUUUGAUGAAAGUUUAGUAUCAUAUAUUGAUAAAAAUAAUAAUCAAACAAUAAUUCCUUUAACUAAUACAUUUGUGGGGAAUUCUUCAAUUAAUAUUUUAAGUUCUCAAUUAUCAGAAAAUUCUAUAAUUAAUCAAAUUACAUUGACAAAUAAUACGUCUAAUGCAGUUGGUAAUUUAAUUUUAUUAGGAGAUUUUCAAUCUAAUUCUAAAAAUUUAACUUUAACAAAUUCAAAUAUUAUUAAUUUAUCGCUUGAUAAUUAUAAUUCAACGGCUAAUGAAUCAGAUAUAAAUUUAAUUAAUAAAAAAUUUAUUAAAAGAGCUACUGAUUCUCAAACUAUAUUUGGAGGAGAAUUUAAUAAUUCAAUUUCAAGUAUAAUUAAUUAUAAUAAUGGAUUUAUAUUAUUAGGUCAAUUUAAUAUUGCUGGGAAUAAUUUCCGUAAUUUAUCUAAUAAUAAUAGUAGUAUAAAUUCAAUUAAUAAUUUUGCCUUAUAUUCUCAAAAUCAAUUAUAUGGAUUUGGUAAUUCAUUUAUUGAUAAAAAUUUUGAUCAAUUUUCAAAUUUAACAAUUAAUAAUCAUGAAUAUUUUAUAUUUUCUUCAUCUCAAGAUUCAUCAUUAUUUAAAACUUGGGAUAAUACAAUUCAAUCUUGGAUUACUAAUGGUAAUUAUCAAUUAAAUAUUUCUCAAGCAACUAAUGUUGGAUCUCAACAACAAAUUAUUGGAGGUCAAUCAUUUAAUAUUAUGGAUUGGUAUAGUAAUGAUCAAGCUUAUAUUAAUAGUUCAUCAAGUUUUAAUUCAUUUAAUUUUCAAGUUGAUUCAACUAGUUCUAAUUCAAGUGAAAUUAAUAAUUCUUAUUAUGUUAAUAAUACUUUAAGUAUUAUUGGAGGUAAAUUUCAAACUUCUAAUAUUCAAAAUAUUGCAUUUAUUUAUAAUUCUACAAAUAAUGGAAGUGUAACUGAUUUAGAUAAUAUAACUUGGGGUCAAAAUACUACUAUUGAAACAUUAUAUGUUGAUAGUACUGGUGAAUAUUUAUUUAUUGGUACAAAUGGACCUGUUGAAGUUAAUAAUAAUAAUAUUACUGGGGUGGUUAUUUAUGAUUUAAUGAAUAAUACAUUUACAAGUUUCCAACCAGCAGAAUUAUCAAAUCAAGAUGGUUCAAUAAUUGAAGUUAAUUCUAUUGUUUUAUAUGAUUCUGGAAGUAAACUUUUAGUUGGAGGUAAAUUUUCUCAAGCUGGUUCAUUAGAUUGUUCAGGAUUAUGUGUUUAUGAUCUUGUGAAUACUAGAUGGAUUAAUCCUCAAAAUGAUAAUAGUAAUGGAACUGUUAGUGGUACUGUUACAGAUAUUAAAUUUUAUCUGUCAAAUAAUGUAUUAAUUAGUGGUAAUUUAACAGUUAAUAAUAAUCCAGUUAAUUUCAUAACUUAUGAUUUUACCAAUGAAAUUUUUAAUAUUAAAUCAUCUUUAAAUUUAUUAGGUUCAGGAAAAGUUGUUCAAAAAUUUAUUUUAAAUGAUUUUAAUAAUGUAAAUUUAAAUGGUAGAUUAGUUGCUUAUGGUGAUGAUUUUAUUUAUGGAUUUGAUGGUUCUAAUUGGUAUGAAAUUGAUGAAGAAAUUGAAUAUGAUAAUUCAACAUCAUUUAAUGAUAUUAAAUUAUUAACCCUUGCUAAAGAUUCAAAUUAUAAUCAAACUUUAUUUGAUAAAGAUAUGAUUGUUGCUCUUGCUGGUACAUUUUCUUUAACAAAUUAUGGGCUUGUAAAUCUUGCCUUAUAUAAUGGAACUAAUUGGGUACCUUAUAUUUUUACAUCUAAUUCAUCUAAUCAAAUUGGAUCAAUUAAAUCUUUAUUAAUUGAAGAUUCUUAUAGAUUCCAAUCUUCUGAUGAUAUUUCUGGUCCAAAACAUUUAUCAACUGGUAAAGUGGUUGGUAUUUCAAUGGCUUGUGCCUUAGGUUCAACAACCCUUAUGGGACUUCUUUAUAUAAUUCCUUAUUUUGCAUUAUUUAGAAAGAGGGAUAAUGAAGGUACAGAAAGAAUUCAUGAAAAUGAGAUGAUUGAUGCAGUAAAUCCAGAAGAUUUAUUACAUGAAAUUGAUAUUCAAAGAAAUAACUAGUGCAUUUUAAUUCUCUUGUUCGUAUUGUUUUAAUUAUAUUUUAUAUUUUGUUUGCUUUUAAAUACAUUUAAUCCCGUUUAU